GCUUCGUUGAAUCUUCUUCCUCUUUAUUAUGUCUUUCUUUAUUAGAUCUCAAAAGUAGAGUGAUUGAUUAACCCUAAUUAAUCAAUGUUCUUGGAUAAUACACUUUCACCUAAUGAUUGAUUGAGAUUAUCACCACCGGAUCUGAUUACUGCCGUCUGUCUGUGAAUUACAAGAAAUUGAAAACGACGAUUCGAUCUUUGCUUCUUUGGGCAAAUAAGAGAUGCAGGCAUCAUCACGAGCGAGACUGUUUAAGGAAUACAAAGAAGUUCAGCGUGAGAAAGUAGCUGAUCCAGAUAUUCAAUUGGUGUGUGACGAUACCAACAUUUUCAAAUGGACCGCUCUUAUCAAGGUUUUUUUUUUUUAUAAUCAAAACACUCCAUUUUUUUUUUAUUGCUNCAGUGAAAACGAUGCUGUUUUUUUAAUCUCUUUGCUACAAACGUUUUUUUACAUUCUUUGGAUUUUGUAGACAGGGGAAAUAUGCCUCGACAUACUCAAGAAUGCGUGGAGUCCUGCUUGGACGCUUCAGUCCGUGUGUAGAGCCAUCAUAGCAUUGAUGGCUCAUCCUGAACCGGACAGUCCUCUUAACUGCGACUCAGGUAAUCUUCUUAGAUCUGGGGAUGUGAGAGGGUUCAAUUCAAUGGCAAGCAUGUACACACGCCUCGCCGCUAUGCCUAAAAAAGGAUGAUACUCUCUCUCUUUUCGAUUUCGUUAAUGAUAAUGAUUUGCAACAAGUGAAUUUCAGUUUACAAGCAGAGAUGUUUCUUCUUCUUAUUAUUAGUUUACAAUUUUACCAAUAUUACAAUUGGACAUGUCAUGUCCACCGGUUUAUUUAAGGAAUUUGUCAAACCAGUCU